CAUGUAACGGGAUAGUUAUAUAACAAUGAUAUGGCGCUUUUACAACGGAGAAGAAUAAAUGCGAUUCGUGAUAAGGCUUCGAAACCUUUAUUUAUGAUACCGGCUGUCGGUUUAUCUUUGGCAUGUUUGAGAUUCAGUCUUCUGAUGUUGAUAUUUUUGAUUGUUCAAAAUUUUGGAGAUGGGUUGGACUUUUGCUUCGACGGAUCAAAGGAAGGUUAUCGUUUCAACCACGGGCAUAUAGAGAAUAUUCACGCAAAGUCAGGAGCGGAGUGCGCCUUCAAAUGUGCGGGGACGAAAGGUUGCAGAUCCGUUAACUACAAAAAACAGCGAAGUUGUGAAGAAAUGGAAAACUGUGAAUUGCUCGCAGAAGUUGAAUCAAACACUUCCCCACUCAUCAAAGAUAAAGAUUAUGACCAUUAUCUAUUGCUCAAUUGUGACGGGAAACCAUUAGACCCUACGUCAUCAAGCUCUCCAACACAAUCAACAACAACAACUCCAACAUGUUCAGUUGCAAAAUGGUGGUUGAAAAGUUCUAAUAAAUGGGGCUGGGCAACAUGUGGCGAAGAAAAUCUUUUCAUCACGGGAUUUUACCGAAGUUCCCCCAACAGUAAUAGAGUUCCCAUCAUUUUACUUGAAGAAGCAAGAUGUUGUAAUUCCACGCCAGCGAGCAGCGGUCAGAAUGGCCAAUGUAAAACAGUAAAUUGGUGGUUUUCGCUUGAUAAAGAAAACAUUUGGAGUAAUUGUCCGGAGGGGUACUUCUUAAACGGAUUACAACACACUAUUGGGGCCAGCAAUUUACAUGCUAUCGAAUAUGGCCAUUGCUGUAAACCUAACAAUCAUCCUGACCAGUAUGGAUCAUGUUAUGAGGAGGAUGUUGGAACAUCUUUUAAUCAAGCAGGAUGGUCAAACUGUUCUAAGCCUGGACAUUACAUCGCUGGACUCAAUCGUGGAAAUGGUGAUUGGCUGAACAAUAUCGACAAAUUUCGAUGCUGUCAAAUGGUUGCUAUCUAACUAGUAACUUCUUGAAUGUUGGCACAAAUUAGAAUUAUCAACUAGUAUGCUAUCUGUAUAUAUAAUGGUAGGGAAUGACACUAUGAAAAAUACUGUAGCAUUCAGGGGUUUGUUAAGAUCGAAGGUAGCGGAAAUUAGCUUCAAAAGUUAUAUUAGAAUAGAAACGCAAAUAGUUUAAAGGUAGGGUGCAGUGCGCAUCGGUUAUGCUCAUAACAAUGGGUAGACUACUUGAUUUAAAAUUGCUGAAAUUUAGCACGUUCUUUACUAAUCAGAAAAUAAAAUCCAGCUUAUACUCAUUUAGAACUAUGGCGAACACAACUGAAUAGUUUCAAAUAUUCUGGUCGUUUCAUUGUUUAAAUUUUAAAUCAACGCGUUUCAUAGUUUUCAAAUUUUUUAGCAUCUGUAACCUACCUUUAAAAAAGAGAUGCAGACGAUUUCAGAAACGUAUUCACCAACUUUUAUCAAUUUGAAGAUGGUCGAAAGUAGAAGCUUCGGUCAGUUUUCAAUUAUUUUGUGGGGUAAAGGCGUAGCUAUAGAACGAGAAUAUACUUCUGUGAUCACUAGUGGAAAAUAUCGUCUGAUAUUCACGAAUUAUUCAUGUAUCAUGUAGGAGUUGGGUGCACUAAAUGAAGUAGCUAUGUUGCAUUUUUUUUGUGUUAUUUAUGAUU